GCCUGAUCAUCUUCGCGACAAAAACCCUCGCCAGCCGCCACCCCGUCCCUGCCUGUCGUCGCGACGCUCUGCCGCCCGUGCAAGCGUUUGGUAGGCAGGGUACUAGGGUUUUUCCAGCCAUGGCGUGGACCACCGCCGCCGUCUCCAGGUUCGCCGCCGCCUCCCCGGCCGCUGCGCCCCUCUCCUACGGGCUCGGCGCCGGCGCCGCCUCCUUGUCCUUCGCCGGGCGCCGCCGUUUCGCCCCCGUUGUCGCCGCGUCCCUCUCCACCUCCGCCACCGUUGUAAAGGAGGCUGUUCAGACAGAGAAGGCACCAGCAGCAUUAGGUCCUUAUUCUCAGGCCAUCAAAGCAAACAAUCUUGUGUUCAUGUCUGGAGUUCUUGGCCUGAAUCCUGAGACUGGGAAGUUUGUAUCUGAAAGCGUGGAGGAGCAAACUGAGCAGGUUAUGAAGAACAUGGGCGAAAUAUUGAAAGCAAGUGGUGCUAGCUACUCUUCGGUUGUGAAGACAACAAUCAUGUUGGCUGAUCUACAGGACUUCAAGAAAGUGAACGAGAUCUACGCCAAAUAUUUCCCGGCCCCCGCACCUGCACGCUCCACUUACCAAGUUGCGGCUCUUCCAUUGAACGCCAGAAUCGAGAUCGAGUGCAUUGCUGCUCUCUAAUUAGGUUAUCAAUGAGCAUUUCGGCCAUGUCGAUGUAGUUCUUCACUGUCCUGGAAUGAAUUAGCUGAUGGUACAAGUUCUUAAGUGUCACUGAGAUGCUUUCAUGUAGCAAUUGGGGUCUUGAAUUGCAUGUAAUAAACGUUUCCAGGAUAAGUGAGGUGUGUUGAACUGCA